AUUUGAAGAACUUUAACUAGUCCCGCAAGAUCAUGGAUUCGAGCACUACUAGCGACUGUGGCCAAGACGUGGUGCUGACGGGUAUAUCAGGCCGCCUGCCCGAGUCCGACAACAUCCAGCAGUUCGCAGAGCAGCUGUUCGAUGGCGUGGAUCUCGUCACUGCGGACAAUCGUCGCUGGAUACCCGGUGUGUAUGGACUACCAGAGCGGAGCGGUAAACUUAAAGAUCUAACGCACUUUGAUGCGAUGUUCUUCGGUAUCCACGCGAAGCAAGUGAACGUUAUGGACCCGCAACUGAGGCUACUGCUUGAGGUGGCCCACGAGGCCAUCGUGGACGCGGGGCUCAGCCCCGCCGAGCUGCGCGGCUCGUGCACCGCCGUCUACGUUGCCAUCGGCGGCUCCGAAAGCGAAGAGCACUGGUGCGCUGAUCCUGAUAAAAUUAACGGUUAUGUUUUAACCGGCUGCAGCCGUACCAUGUUUCCCAACCGAAUUUCGUAUACCUACGACUUAAAAGGACCUUCAAUUGCCGUCGAUACAGCCUGCUCUAGUUCCAUGACUGCGUUAACACAGGCGGUGGAUGCGAUCCGCGCAGACCAGUGUGAUGCCGCUAUUAUUGCUGGAACGAAUAUUUGUCUCAAUCCUAUUACAUCGCUCAACUUCCACCGACUGAAUACGUUGUCGCUGGAGGGGCGCUGUGCCUCGUUUGACGCGAGUGCAAAUGGCUAUGUUAGAUCUGAAGCAGUCAUGGCCGUGUUAUUGCAACGCCGUAAAAAUGCGCGCCGAUUGUACUGCACUGUACGUGGCGCUCGUAUGAAUACCGACGGUUACAAGACGCAAGGCCUUACUUAUCCAAUCGGGGACAUGCAGUAUCGACUUGCGAAGGAGACCUACGAGGAGGCAAACUUGCGGCCUCAGGAUGUCAUGUACGUGGAAGCACAUGGUACUGGCACUAAGGUGGGCGACCCGGAGGAAGUUACUGCAAUCGCACAACUGUUUUGCAAGAACCGACAGGCUCCAUUGAUGCUGGGCUCCGUCAAGUCUAACAUGGGGCACGCAGAGAUUGCCUCAGGGCUCUGUUCCAUUGCUAAAGUAGUGCUAGCAAUGGAGCGAGGUGUUAUCCCCGGGAACCUGCAUUUUAAAGAGCCAAAUCCUGUGAUUCCUGCGCUAAACGACGGGUCUAUCAAAGUGGUGAACAAGAAUACAAUGUGGUCGGGUGGCUUAGUAGGAAUCAACUCUUUCGGAUUCGGCGGAGCCAACGCGCAUGUGAUCCUGGAGUCACAGCGCAGCGCGCGGCUGUCGCCCGCCGAGUACCCGGUGCCACGGCUGGUGCUGGCUUCGGGCCGAACCGGCGAGGCUGUGGAUAAAAUGCUUCAACUAGCGGCUAAGCAUCCGCACGAUGCAGAAUUACACGCUCUUAUAGACGCUGUGCAUGCGCAAGCGAUACCGAACCACCCGCGACGCGGUUACGCCGUACUGGGUGCGCCCGUGACAGAAGUACUUGAGAGCGCCGAGCGGCGCCCUGUGUGGUUUGUGUUCAGCGGCAUGGGCUCACAGUGGGCCGGCAUGGCGAGCGAGCUGUUACGUCUGCCGACUUUCGCGGCGAGUAUCGCACGCUCGGCGGUGGCACUUAAGCCAUACGGCCUAGAUCUCCAGUACAUAGUCGCGGAGGCACCAAGAGCUGCAUUUGACGACAUCAUCUAUUGUUUUGUUUCCGUCACCGCCGUUCAGGUGGCGCUGCUUGACGUGCUGCGCGAGCUUGGUGUGCGCCCCGACGGCAUCAUUGGACACUCCCUCGGCGAAAUAGCCUGUGCAUACGCGGACGAGGCGCUGUCGGUGGAGCAGGCGGUGCUGUGCGCGUACUGGCGCGGGCGCUGCACGUUGGAUGCGCGCCCGGGCCUCGGCGCCAUGGCCGCCGUCGGGUUGUCCUGGGCCGACGCCGAGCGUCGCCGCCCCACUGACGUCGAACUCGCCUGCCACAACGGACCGGACAACGUCACGAUAUCAGGUCCUUCAACGUCCGUGGAGCAGUUCGUAAGCCAGUUAUCAUCAGAAGGUGUGUUCGUGAAGGCCGUGGACACCGGGAACAUAGCGUUCCACAGCUCGUGUAUUGCGGAGGUGGCUCCUAUGAUGAUCGAACGGCUGAAGCAGGUCCUCCCCGAGCCCACACCGCGGAGCGCGCGAUGGCUUUCGACUUCUCUACCGGCUGAACAAUGGGACUCAGACCUAGCAAAGUUCAGCAGCGCCGAGUAUCACGUGAACAACCUGGUGUCGCCGGUGCUGUUCGCCGACGCUCUGGCGAAGGUGCCGGCGCGUGCGCUGCUCAUAGAAGUGGGGCCGCAUGCUCUGCUGCAGGCAGUUUUGCGGCGUUCCAUGAGAGAGGCGGCGCACGUGCCCCUGGUGCUUCGUGACUCGCCCGACACGCUCGUGCAUCUGCUCGCCGCUAUAGGCAAGGCUUACGCGUACGGCGCCCAGCCACAGGUUUCGCGCCUAUACCCUCAUGUUUCAUUUCCUGUGUCCCGCGGUACGCCAGGGCUGGCUUCACACGUAGCCUGGGACCACUCCAUCGAGUGGGACGUGCCUGACUUCUCCAAGGGCCGGUGCGAGAGCGUCGUCAACUUCGACCUCGACAACCCUGAUGACGCCUUCAUCGCCGGUCACAACAUCGAUGGGAGGGUGCUCUUCCCCGCUACGGGAUACAUUAUGUUGGUGUGGCGCACUGUGGCAAAGAUGCACAGUUUGGAUUUAGAAAGCACAGCGGUGGUUUUUGAGAACGUUCAGUUCCGUCGAGCCACCAUCGUGCUACGUGACGCACCACUGCGGUUCUACAUCACGGUUUUGAGGACCACAGGAGAAUUUGAGGUCUGCGAGGGAGGCACAGCUGUAGCCACGGGUACGGUGCGGCUCGCUGUCGACUCCGCCACUGAGUUCCUACCCGCUGAAGUGCUGUCCGAAGUAGACGACCACGAGAACCUACCUCCCCUUGACUCCGAAGAUAUCUACAAAGAAUUUCGACUCCGAGGAUACAACUUUAAAGGCCUAUUUUGCGGAAUCAAAUCCUCAGACGCGCGUGGCACUCGCGGUCUGGUCAAAUGGGAGGGCAAUUGGAUCACUUUUAUGGAUUCAACUCUGCAAUUUGGCCUAAUAGGCAACGAUACUCGUGCGCUGUAUGUACCAACUCGUCUGCAGCGUUUAGUCAUCGAUCCAAAAGUACAGCGAGAGGCGUUAAACGCGGAGACCAAUACUGUACCUAUCAAAUGCUGUCCCGACAUUGACGUUGUUGUGUGUGGCGGUGUAGAAUGUCGAGGCAUGAGUGCCUCACGGGCACCACACCGCGUGAACGUCCAAGCCACACCUACUAUUGAAAAGCAUGUAUUCGUACCCUUUGAAACAACGCAUUUUGAUCAGAAAGAGUGUUCCAGGAGAUUUGCACUUUCUGUCGCUCUGCAGCUAGUGAUUGAGAACUGCAGUUCGCUGCAACUGACGCUUGCAGAGUUCGCGUUCCAGCGGCCAUUGGAUGAACUGCUACUACCACACGUUAUGCAAGCUCUAGAAGUGGAACCAUCGACUCGCAGAUUGCGCGUGGAGGCAACGUUGGCAGCGGGCGGCGAUGUAGCGAAAUACACCGCAUUCAUGGAACCACUGCAGGUCAAGGUGUCAAGUAAGAGCACGGUUCUGGAGCAGUGUAAUUUGAUAUUGGAUAACAACAUGUCCUCAAUAGGUACGCCGAUUGCACGGGACGGGAGUCCGGUCAAGUCGAAUGGUUUGUCUAACGCACCAAACUAUGAGCUAGAUUCGAUCAAUGGUGCGUCAAUUUGUUCGUCCAACAAAGCGUCGAUGAACGGUGGGCAGAAGGCACCAAAUGGUGUUCCAACUCCGAAGAACGACGUAGCAAGGGUGGUGAACGAUGUAUCGGUCCCAAAUAACGGUCUGGCGAAGGCACCUAAUACUGUCCCGAUCUGUGACACAAAAGCGCCGAACGUUAGGCCGAUCUCGACUAACGGUGCGCCGAAGAUGCCGAAGGAUAUACCGGCCUCGAAGAAUGGUGUACCAAUGGCAUCAAACGGUGUAAACAUGGCGAAAAAUGGUGUGUCGACGCCGCCGACCAGUGUGCUGCCCGUGCCAAAUGCGAAUGGUGACUUUGUGCUGCUGAAGGAGACGGUUGGCACAUUCGACGACACAACAGUACAAAAGCAGAUAGCAGCUACUGGAUUAAGAAUGGUAUCGCAUAUACGCACCGCGUCGUGUGACUACAUGCUGCUACGGCGUGUAGUGACCGUGCCGACGACGAAGGUCGUCAUCCAAGUGCGUGACGACGACUACGCCUGGGUGGAGGAACUGAAGGACGCCAGGAAGCGCGCCGAGACAGAGGACAUGCGUGUAUACGUGUGGUCGAAUUCCAGUGAAUCUGGUGUGCAGGGCUUGGGAACGUGUUUGCAACGAGAGCCCGGCGGCCACCGUCUCCGCGUUUACUACAUUCCUGAAAGUAAGGAAUCGUUCAACCCUGAUGCGCCGGCGUUUAAGAAGCAAGUUCAACGAGACCUUGCCUUCAACGUGCUACAAAAUGGUGUCUGGGGAACCUACCGCCAUCUAGCACUCGAGAUUACUGACACUCAAAAGCAGGUGGAGCAUGCGCAUGUAAUCACACAGACCCGUGGUGACCUAUCUUCUCUGUGUUGGGUUGAAACUGACUUGCAGCAAGAGAUGGUCGCCCACCAUCAAAGAAAAGUCCUGUGUCACAUUUAUUACUCAUCGCUCAAUUUCCGAGACAUUAUGAUCGCUACUGGCAAGAUCUUCCCAGAAGAAGAUCCCAUCUUUAAGGAAAGUAUACCUCUCGGCUUUGAGUUUAGUGGCUGCUUGCCAACUGGCAAGCGCGUGAUGGGUAUAGUUCCGUUUAAAGGAUUAGCGACAACGGUGAUCGUUGACGAGUCUAUGUUGUGGAAGGUACCAAUUCAGUGGUCGCUGGAGGAGGCGGCAACCGUGCCCGUGGCUUACAUGACGGCGUAUUACGCUCUUACAGUCCGUGGACGUAUGCGCCGAGGUGAAAGCAUAUUGAUUCACGCAGGUGCCGGUGGCGUAGGUCAAGCGGCCAUUGCUAUCGCACUGAACGCGGGUUGCACUGUCUUCACAACUGUGGGCAUGCCUGAAAAGCGUGAUUUUCUUUUGGAGCGCUUUCCACAGCUUCUGGAUGCCAACAUAGGUAACUCACGUGACUGCUCGUUCCAACAACUUGUACUUAGUCGCACGCGAGGCCGCGGCGUCGAUCUCGUGCUCAAUUCACUUGCGGGUGACAAGCUACAAGCGUCGGUUCGCUGCCUCGCCACGGGCGGCCGGUUCCUGGAGAUCGGCAAAGUGGACCUCAGUGCCAACAGAGCGCUAGGCAUGGCCGUGCUGUUAAAGAACACGACAGUGCACGGCAUUAUGCUGGACACGCUUUUUAACUCACACGAUUUACCUGAGAGAAAAGAGACUUGGCGCUGCAUGGACGAAGGUAUCGCGUCAGGCGUCGUGCGUCCACUGCCUGCCACAGUUUACCCUGACAAUCAGCUGGAGCAAGCCUUUCGAUAUAUGGCAACGGGAAAACACAUCGGCAAGGUACUUAUCCGAAUACGUGAAGAGACUGAAGAGGUGGAGAAUGGCAGUGAGCUGGCGCCAGCGCGUCUUAUUUUCGCCAUACCGCGCACUUUCUUGCACCCUGGAAAGAGCUAUGUUCUCGUCGGCGGACUAGGCGGUUUCGGCCUGGAGCUGGGAGAGUGGCUGAAAAGUUGCGGCGCGCGCACGCUCGUGUUUAACUCGCGCAAUGGUGUACGCACAGGGUAUCAAGCCUGGUGUAUCCGACGAUGGCGCGAAGCAGGCAUACAAGUACAGUUAUCGACAGACGACGUAACGACGGUGGCGGGCGCGCGCGCGCUGUUUCGCUCGGCGGCGGCGCUCGCGCCGAUCGGCGGGGUCUUCAACGUCGCCGUCGUGCUGCGCGACGCAUUUCUCGAGAACCAGACGCCGGUCAUGUUCCACGCUGUCGCCGCGCCAAAGAUCGACGCGACACGUGCACUAGAUCUGGCGGCUCGUGAGUUAGCGCCGGAGCUGGAACAUUUCGUGGUAUUCUCUUCUGUAACUUGCGGGCGCGGCAACGCCGGUCAAAGCAACUACGGUCUCGCUAACAGCGCCAUGGAGCGCGUCUGCGAACGCCGUCAGGAAGACGGACUGCCGGCGCUGGCGGUACAGUGGGGUGCAGUUGGCGAUGUGGGGGUGCUCGCUGCAAUGAGCGGUUACGAAGAUGUCGAGAUUGGCGGCACUGUGCCGCAGCGCAUUGCAUCGUGCCUGGCCACGUUGGGUUCUUUGCUAGCGUCACCACAUGCAGUGGUCUCGUCCUUGGUGCUUGCCGACAGGCGCCGCGUGAAAGAAACAUCUGCGCAUAGCCUCGUGCAGGCCGUUGCCAAUAUCCUUGGUUUUAAGGAUCUGAGUAAGAUACCAGAGACGUCGACAUUGGCUGAAUUGGGAAUGGACUCACUGAUGAGUGCCGAGAUAAAGCAGACUCUAGAGCGAGGUUACGACUUGAUGCUCAGCGUCCAAGAGAUCCGCGCGCUCACCUUUAGCAAACUGCGCGCCAUGGAUACACCCACACAGGCCGCAACCGUGGACGUCAACAAACAAACAAAGGAGAUUCCUUUAGUUCCUGAGGAAGUGCUUGUUAAGUUGCCUUCGCUACCACCGGGUGAUCCUGAUGACAAACCCGUAUUUAUGGUACAUUCAAUAGAUGGUGUCGUUAAAACGUUGCGUGAUAUAUCUGCCAGCGUGCGAGGCACAGUGUACGGGAUACAAUGCGCCCGAUCGGCUCCGCUUAACGACAUCGAAACUCUUGCUGGGUUUUAUUUGCGACAAAUACGUGCUGUCCAGCCACAUCCACCCUACACGUUGCUGGGCUACUCUUUUGGCACCUCAGUUGUCUUUGAGAUGGCUUUACAACUGGAGCUGAAAGGCUGUGCUGUUCAGCUGGUACUUGUAGAUGGCUCGCCCGACUUUGUUACCUCAAGCGCUAUGCGUGGUUUGAAACGCGAGGUUGGAUUGUUAACGUACGUGGGUAGCCUGUUGUACGAUUUGGAUCCGGUUAAGGUAACAGCCGAACUAAAUAUAUUAUCCAGUUGGGAGGCACGCUUGGCUCGCAUGGCAGAACUCGUUGUUGCCAGUGGUGCGACCGUGGAGACGGCUGUGUUAAGUGAAAUAGCACGGAGUUUUCGCCGCAGACUGGAGAUUGGUAAUCGGUACAAGCCAGCGUCAAACCUAUGCGCGCCAGUGACGCUCUUCGCAGCGAGCUGUCCCGUCAGAUCGGACCUAGAUGAGGACUACGGGCUGCGCGCGCUGUGCGCGGGAGAGCUGCGCACGCGCCGACUGCCCGCCACGCACGGUUCUAUCGUCGCCGGCGCAGCGGCCCGCACCAUUGGUGAUUACGUCUCAGAAAUUAUCGCGGGGAAGUGAUGUUAUAAUAUCUACAAUUGAUACAAACUUUUUUUCUAUAAAAUGGUUUGCCAUUUUACAUGCUUAUGUAAGUAAUUUUAAUAAUAAGUUACUAACGUUUGCCUUUUUGAA